UAUUUACCACUCUCUACCACACUCGCUGACUGUAUUUCACCUGCCUUUACCUGCUGGACUAAACGCUGCCAUGAAUCUGUGCGCUGUUCUGCUGUUCCUCAUCGCCAGGGUCUGUGCGGAAAGUCUGGAGGGGCCAACAGCUGGCUGCACGUUUGAGGAAGACUCCGACCCCAGCCUAUGUGAAUACAGACAGGCACAGGAAGAUGAUUUUGAUUGGCAGCUUGUACGGACCUACAGCUGGCCUCACAUGACCUCUGACCUUACACGAGGCUCCUACAUGCUGGUGAACUCUUCUCAGUACGGUGCAGGGCAGCGGGCUCAGCUCAUGUUACGUCCGCUGAGUGAGAACGACACACACUGUGUGCAGUUCAGUUAUUUUCUGUACAGCCGUGACGGACACAGUCCUGGGGUCCUAACCGUGUAUGUGCGUGUAAACGGCGGCUCGCGGGGAAAUGCCGUGUGGAAUGUGUCUGGCUCUCAGGGGCGGCAGUGGCAUCAGGUGGAGCUGGCUGUCAGCACCUUCUGGCCCAGCGAGUACCAGAUCGUUUUUGAAGCCACAAUCUCAUCGGAGCAGAAGGGUUACAUCGGCCUGGACGAUAUAGUGCUGUUAAACUACCCCUGCUAUAAAGUGCCUCAUUUCUCCAGACUCGGGGAUGUGGAGGUGAACGCAGGACAGAAUGCCACAUUUCAGUGUGUGGCGACCGGACGUUCCACCAAGACUGACCCCUUCCUGAUGGAGAGGCGUAACGGUGUUCUGAUGUCGCCGUACUCAGUGACAUCAUCAGUCGGCGAGCGUCGAUUGGUUGCUUGGUUUCAGGUGGGCGGAGCCCAGCGUGGAGAGCAGGAUCUCUACCGAUGCCUCACUCAGUCGACAUACGGAGCCGCAGUGUCGAACUUUGCUGAACUAAUCGUCAGAGUCCCGCCCACACCGAUAGCUCCGCCCCAGCUGCUGCGCUCUGGCCCCACCUACCUGAUCAUCCAGCUCAACACCAACUCUAUAGUGGGCGACGGGCCGGUGAUCCGCAGAGAGAUCGUAUACCGGGCCAGCCACUCUCCCUGGUCCGAAACUCACGGAGUCAACUCACUGACGUAUAAAGUCUGGCACCUGGAGCCCGACACAGAAUAUCGCAUCAGUGUCCUCCUCACGCGGCCCGGAGAGGGAGGAACCGGCCCGCCUGGACCCCCGCUGGUCAGCAGGACCAAGUGUGCAGAGCCCAUGCGUCCUCUCAGAGGACUGACGGCGUCGGAGAUUCAGUCCCGUCAGCUGCUGCUGCAGUGGGAGCCGGUGGGCUACAACCUGACGCGCUGUCACACGUACUCACUGUCCCUCUGCUACCGCUACUCCACGGCCGCAGGGGGCGGAGCCGGCGGGAAUAACGCCACGGUGAGGGAGUGUCUGUCGGUGGAGCGGAACACCUCCCGCUUCACGCUCCGGGACCUGCCUCCGUUCCACGCCGUUCACGUGCGGCUGGCGCUGGCCAAUCCUGAGGGCAAGAAAGAGAGCCGAGAGGUCACCUUCCAGACCGAGGAAGACAUCCCAGGAGGCAUUGCACCCGAAUCUUUGACCUUCACCCCAUUGGACGAUAUGAUCUUUCUGAAGUGGGAGGAGCCGCUGGAGCCCAAUGGUCUGAUCACGCAGUAUGAGAUCAGCUACCAGAGCAUCGAAUCGUCAGAUCCCAGCAUCAACGUUCCCGGCCCACGGCGCACCGUCUCCAAACUAAAGAACGAGACAUAUCACAUGUUCUCCGGGCUUCACCCCGGCACCACAUACCUGGUGUCUGUUCGCGCCCGCACCGCCAAGGGCUUUGGCCAGACCGCCCUGACCGAAAUCACCACCAAUAUCUCAGCACCUGCGUUUGAUUAUGAAGGCGCCCCCUCUCCACUGAGUGAAUCUGAGAGCACCAUAACUGUACUCCUGCGUCCAGCCUUGGGGAGAGGAGCACCUGUGAGCGCCUAUCAUGUGGUGGUGGAGGAGGAUGGCUCCAGACAGGUGAGGCGGAGGGAGCUGGGUCACAUGGAGUGUUUCCCUGCUCCUUCCUCCCAUGGGGAGAGUCCCGGAGGAGGUGGAGGGGCAAGUGGUGCUCCGCCUCAUUACUACACUGCCGAACUCACGCCCAGCAGCUUACCUGAGGCUACACCAUUCACUGUAGGGGACAACCACACCUACAACGGCUACUGGAACACACCUCUGGACCCCAGCAAGAACUAUCUCAUCUACUUCCAGGCCUCCAGCAACUUCAGAGGGGAGACGCGGAUCAACUGCAUUCGGAUCGCUCGUAAAGAGGCCUGUAAGGACCAUAAGCGAGCUCUGGAGGUUUCCCAGCAUGCCGAGGACAUGGGGCUGAUACUGGGGGCCUGUGCCGGGGGGCUGGUUGUUCUCAUCCUCCUGCUGGGAGCCAUCGUGGUUAUUGUGAAGAAAGGAAGGGACAUCUAUUCUUACCCUUACUACCCCAGGAAGAAGGUGAACAUAAACAAGGCGGUGAUGACGUAUCGCCAGGAGAAGACACGUAAGCUGGGGUCACUGGACUGCAGUACGACAGAGCACAGUACACUGCAACAGGACGAUCGCACCACGCAGACCUUCAUGGACUCACAUAACUCCACUGCUAGAAAUGAGCAGCGCAGCUCGGUGAACGAGUCCAGCAGCCUGCUGGGUGGUUCUCCCAGAAGGCACUGCAGGAGGAAAAGUUCUCCGUACCACACAGGGCAGCUCCACCCGGCCGUGAGAGUGGCAGACCUGCUCCAGCACAUCAACCAGAUGAAGACAGGAGAGGGCUACGGCUUCAAGCAGGAGUAUGAGAGUUUUUUCGACGGCUGGGACAUAAACGAAAAGGACAAGACCAAGGGCCGACACGACACCCUUCUGGGUCAAGACCGUCACCGUGUGAAAAUGCAUUCUCUCCUGGCCGAUCCUAACUCAGACUAUGUCAAUGCAAACUACAUCGAUGGGUAUCAGCGCUCCAACCAUUUCAUCGCCACACAAGGGCCCAAGCAGGACAUGAUCUAUGAUUUCUGGCGCAUGGUUUGGCAGGAGAACUGCUACAGCAUCGUGAUGAUCACCAAACUGGUGGAGGUGGGGAGAGUGAGAGACAUCAAAAUCACUCUGCUGAAAACAGAAACGCUGGCAGAAUACACCGUACGCACCUUUGCCAUGGAGCGGCGGGGUUACCCAGCUAAACAUGAAGUCUGCCAGCUCCACUUCACAAACUGGCCAGAGCAUGGUGUCCCGUAUCAUGCCACAGGACUGCUGGCCUUCCUCCGGCGGGUCAAGGCCUCCACGCCGCCCGACGCUGGCCCAGUGGUAGUCCACUGCAGUAUGGGUGCUGGCCGCACUGGCUGUUACAUAGUAUUGGACGUGAUGUUGGAUAUGGCGGAGUGUGAGGGUGUGGUGGAUAUUUAUAACUGUGUGAAGACGCUCUGCUCACGACGUAUCAACAUGAUCCAGACCGAGGAGCAGUAUAUAUUCAUCCAUGAUGCCAUACUAGAGGCCUGUCUGUGCGGAGAGACCGCCAUCCCCAUCAGUGAGUUUGCGCUCACCUAUAAGGACAUGCUGAGUGUGGAUUCUCAGACCAACACCUCUCAACUGCGAGAAGAGUUUCAGGGAGAGCUGUCCGAUGAGGAUUCGGCCGCGCUGCCGCCCUCAGACUUCUGGAGACUGGUGUUUGACUACGGCUGUACCUCCAUCGUCAUGCUCAACCAGCUCAACCAGUCCAACUCAGCCUGGCCCUGUCUGCAGUACUGGCCUGAAACAGGCAUGCAGCAGUUUGGACCCAUGACAGUGGAGCUGCUCUCCAGAUCUACCGAUGACAACGUCGUCACUCGCCUAUUCAGGGUGACCAACAUCACACGGUUGCAGGAAGGUCAUCUGGUAGUGCGACAUUUCCAGUUUCUGCGCUGGUCGGCUUAUCGUGAAAUCCCAGACUCUAAGAAGGCCUUUCUCAACCUGCUGGCACAAGUGCAGAAGUGGCAGAGGGAGUGCGGCGACGGUCGCACUGUAGUGCACUGCCUGAAUGGCGGCGGACGCAGUGGCACUUUCUGCGCUUGCACCAUGAUAAUGGAGAUGGUGCACCAUCACAACAUGGUGGAUGUGUUCUACGCAGUCAAGACUCUCCGCAACUCCAAGCCCAACAUGGUGGAGUCUAUGGAGCAGUACAGGUUCUGCUAUGAGCUGGCUCUGGAGUAUCUGGACUGCCUGGAGGUCAGAUAACACGAGAGCUCCAGACCCCGAUCGACACCGGCUUCAACCUCUUCACCUCGCCUCCUCUGUCUCCUUUUGCUUGGGCCGAUCCAGCCCACCUGAAUGAGCCUUCUGUCCUCCAGUGAGAAUGCACAUCUACAUAAAGAGUGGGAAUGCAAGACUCGGCACAUUUCUUCAACCUUCAACCUCUAUUGUCCUCUGUGCACUUUCUGCUUUGACGUUUUCUCCUCCACGACCUUCUGUGCCAGAUAUUCCUGCCAAACCCAUGAGGGAGUCGAUGAGAUUUCAGCAGCUUUGAGAUUACGACAUGCAUCUCUGAUCAUGUGACUGGCUCUCUGCCUUACACACCAAGCAGGAGGAAAACACGCUGAAUUUUAACGAAACCAUGCGACGACAUGGGUGAUAUUGUGUCUGUACAUUACGUGUAUUGUUAAACUACUGAUGCACCUGAUUUUACCGGAAAGCAUACCUUGAAUUUACGGAUGUGAUGGCAGAUGGAGGUUUUCUUUUCAUUGAAUUAUUAAAGGUGAUGUGUAUAAUUGACGUUAAUCUCCUAUCCCAGCUUCUCAUUACAAGUGUAACACUGUGGCGCUAUCAAAACAUUGCUCUGUUUGAGCAGCAGCGACUCGACCAAUGGCGUGAGUUUGGGGCGGGACUGUCUUUUUGGCUGACCAGUGAGAAAUGGGGGCGUGUUCAGGACUGUUUUUUUAAAACGGUGAAAUUUUCUUGCAAAUCUUGCAAAUGUUUGGUGAUGCUAGUGGUGCAAAAAUUACACUCUUCACCUUUAAAUCUUAAAGUGACACUCUAAAGUGUCAGUGUUUUGACAGGUGAGAGAUGCAAAGAUGGUUCCUGGGUUUAUUUCUUGUUUUUUUGUGUAUAUAUAUAAUAUCUAUUUUGCGAAACAAACAAAAUGUUUCUAGAUGUUGUCUUUAAUGUGCCAACUCGUGUGUGUGUGUGUGUGUGUGUGUGUAUGUGUGAAGAGGAUCACUCACGGAUCUGCAUGCCUGUUUCAUGUUUCAUUGCAAUCCAUUGUGAGCCGUCUGCUUUGGGUGCCGCUGCCCGCUGUCAUUGAGCGCAGUAAAACAAAAAAAGAUACACAACUAUAUAAAAUAAACAGAAAUGCUACUAUUGAAAUACAUUGAGGCAGUCGCCAAAAAGUUGCUUUUUAUCUUUGUAUUUAUUGGUUGUGUUUUAUUUUCUAAAAAAAAAAAAAAUGUAACAUGAAU